AUGCUUGGUCCGGUAAUGCUGUGUAUGUUGAAAGACAAGGCUACCUACCUGACUUUGUUUCAAAAAAUCUCCGCCCAAGUACCAGGUUUGCAAGUAAACCUUAAGGGGUAUUGCACUGAUUCAGAGGAAGCGCUGCGUCAAGCACUAGCCCAGGUGUUUCCCAACUCCGCAUCAUUGCUUUGCAAAGUACACGCACAGAAAAACAUUGAGGAAAAAUGUCGGAAACUUCGGUUUUCCCAGUCGCUGACGAAUGAGAUAGUUCAUGACAUUUUUGGCAGUGGGGGUCUAGUAUACGCCGACUCCUACGAGGAGUACAACCAAAAGUUAAACUCGUUGACCGAAAAAUGGGACCGCAAGGAAUUCAAGGACUCACCGGAGGAACUCGCGUUUUCCAAAUAUUUCAGACGCUACAAGGCAGAGGAGAUUUGGAACCACGUUACAGCGAAAAGCAUCAAAAAUGCGGGUUUUGAGGACGAAGUACAAGCCAACAACAUUUCAGAGUCAGCAAAUGCUUUUCUCAAACGAUGGCAAGACUUCCAAGCCACAGACAUGGCCAGUUUUAUC